UUGCCACCGUCCGCACAUAGCCUACUUUUAUUAAUUAGACCACAUCAUUUCGACGUUUGAGUCGUUACUUUGUGUGAAAACAUUUUCAAACAUCGCUCUAAAUAAUAUUAUUAACCCCCCAGCCCCAUGUCGUCGAUUCAACGUGCAGCUGCUACGCAAUCAGUUUUUUUCUGCCUCCUUCUAUGUUUUUUGUCGCAUUGGAUUUAAAGGCGCAGCGGAGUUGGAUAUUACUGGGACCCAAGUUAUAGGCUAGGUGUUGGCUGCUGUGUGCGUGUGAAAAGGGGAAAUCGGGGAAACAUGAUUUUCAGUAACUCGCACAGUGUCCUCCGGUGAGUUUGGGAUACGGGACGCUGAAAACGCCGACAGGGACGUCGAGAAAGCCGGGGAUCAAACUGGAAGGCGUCCAGCUGGCAGGCUGAGCAGUAGUGGGCCUCACAAAACAGAGGACGCAGUGAAGGACACUGGGAUAGCCUAUCCAGACACCCACCCCUGCUGGAUUAUGGGUAACCAUACUGGCAAAGAGACCCAUGGCACUACAGGUUCUCCUUUAGAUUUCUUCCACACACCUCCUACCACGCCCUCAGAGGCAGAUCUCGCUGCCAUGGCCUUGUCAUCUGCAGCUUCCUCUAAGAAGACACAGACACCAUCUCCAGCCGGCAGCACCACCCCCUCCGCCACCUCUUCAGUCGCUGACUGGACGCAGAAACUGUCUUCUCCCUCAGAAUGGGCUGUGAUAAGUGUAGACAGUAUCAACUACUCGGAGACAAAGGUGAGCGAUGCAGCAGCGAGCCGCAGGAAGGCGAAGCUCAGCCCGGGCAGCCCGGCGUCCCUGCCUUCAGAGCAGAGCUGGCAGGAGCAGGAUAGUGGAAUGGAGCCGCAGGCUGCAGCAGAGAGAGUCAGAGAGGAGAUGACCCUGGUUUUAAUCAGUCUGAUGGACCGCUACAGGGCCUCACUAGGCCUGACCCCCAACACUGAUGUUACCACAGGCGCAGUAGAGCUGCUCAGGCGUUUGAUAACAGAGAAAGAUGAGCUGGUUGAGGAGGUGGACACACUGAGGGAGACACUGAGGACGGAAAGGUUGGAGUGGCAUCAGUUUCAGUGUGACCUGCAGGUUGCUGUGUCUGUGGCUGACCGGCUGCGGGUCGAGUCGGAGCAAGCUCUGGGUUUGCUCCAGGAGAGCCACAGGGCUGUGGAGGAGCAGUUGGCUCAGGCCCUCAUCAGACAGCAGGAGAAGGAUGGAGAGCUGGAGAGUCUGAGAUCCGAGCACAGAGACGUCUGCCUCAAACUAAGAGAACUCACCCUGCAGCAGCAGCAGGAGCGGGCCGAGCUGGACGCUCUGAGGAACGCUUACAGGGUGAAAGACGUAACAGAUUGUGAUGAGAAGGCGGAGAGACAAGACUCUGAUGGGGGGGAGGAAAUACAGGAAGUCUUGGAGGAAAAGCCCAGGGAAGUUGAAACUGACACUGAAGCUAAAAAUGUUGAAAAGCAAAGAGAGGAGAAUGAAACAAAUCAAGAGGUAGAUGCUGAAGUUGUAGGUCAUGAUCCUGAGGAGGCAAAUGGAUCAGGGAGCAUGUACCUGAGAGGCAAAGGGGUGGCGGAGGGAUACCUUCGUAGUUUGGCUGCUCUGGAGAAAAAGAAAGAAGGGGGACGUGGGCAGAAAGAUCCGAGGAGGAUUGUGAUGCUUUGUGAAAGAUCUUGGAGUCUCUCUCGUCUCCCACUCUCAUCUGACUCCUCCAGUGAGAAAGGGACCUCAAAAAACACAAGCACAACGUUGCCACUAUGCAAGAAAGAAGAACCACCAAAACAGAGACGGAUAGACCGAAUUUUACAGCGGCAGGACAGCUGGUCCAGUUUUUACACAGGAAAACAGGAUGAGGACCAAAGCACAGAUUCCAUCAAACCUCAGGAUGGUUUCAGUGCUCUGCUGAGGCGUCAUGGCGGCUCCAGAAGAAACUCCCUGCUGCGCUGGUGCCAGAGUCGUACACAAGGUUAUAAGAAUAUUGAGAUCACAAACUUCAGCAGCAGCUGGGAGGACGGCAUGGCGUUCUGUGCUGUUUAUCACACUUAUUUGCCGACUCACAUCCCGUACGACACCCUAAACCCAGCAGACAAGAAGGAAAAUCUGGACCUUGCUUUUAAGACCGGAGAGAGUGUGGGAAUCACUGCAGCACUGACAGCGGAGGAGAUGCUGAAGGCAGACGGGCCGGACUGGCAGAAGGUCUUGGGUUAUGUCGAAAGCAUUUUCCGUCACUUUGAGAUAAACGAUUGACACCCAGAUGGAAGAAACUAAACUGGAGUAUUUUUAUUUUUUUUAACAUACCACCCAUUCAGAUCAAAAUAGCUGCUGGGUAAUGAUGCACAAGACACAAAAACAGUACCGGUCCAGAAGAUAAACACAGGCUUAUUAAUUACUUUCACAUUUGUUACUGGGUGCACUGGUCUUGCAGUUUGCCUUUCUACAAAAUGAGCACUUUAUUAUUAACAUGGUGUUAUAUUUUUAAGUGGAUGAUUUAUGAAUGUGGGGCAAUUUAGUUUUAUCUAUUUCCCCUCAUGUUACAUCUGCAUGUACCCAAAUCUAAAAUCCACUUCACAAAGUAAGGGUUACAGACAUGAACCCAGAUUUUAUAUGUUGAAAUAGUGACAUUUUAACCUUAAACACUACAGUGAUGUCCAUCUGAGGGAAGCUGUCUUUGCAGAAAUGUGUGUAUAUAUGUAAAAGUGUGUAAGCCCUUCAGUAUUUUUGAAAACAUGGUCAAUAUAUAAAGAUGUUGUUGCCAAAGCCGUAUUGCAAUAAUAAAGUUAUGUAUAUAGAA